AAAAAAAGAUCGAUGAGGCCCUUGACAAGCUUACAGUAUAUUAACCACUGUAUAUAAUUGUAGCUCUUGAGUACAUCAACAUUUGAUCACAUUACCAUAGAGCUCAGUUCCAGAUACUGCUCCUGAUGGAUUCAUAACGCUGUUCUGAUGUAAACAUUGUUCAUAACAGGUAAAACACUGAUUCAACGCUCGUUCCAAUGCAUUGAGUACUGGCAUAACAACAAAGAUGGCUGCCGGAACAGUGUGGAAACUGUUUGCGUCUAUUCAAACUAAUAUCUGCUUUUUGAAACCGAGUUUCGAUAGCAUUAUUACUCAGAGCAGAGGAAAGAGGCUCAAAUGUCGCCCACGCUUAAGAUACCCGACGUGGUUUGUCAAGAAGGAAAGAAGUAAUUAUAAUGAAAAUUUGACUCAAGAAAACUCAGCAUUUAUCAAGGAAGUAGUCCAAGAUAAAUAUGGACCACCAGCUGUUAUUGGAGGAGUACGUACCUGUCAACAAAGCCCACUCAAAAAUGCACCUUUGGAACGUGGUGAAUGGACUCCUAAGACGAGGAGAACAGGUGUUAUUGCAAGGAAAAUUGGUUGUUACCCAAUGUGGCUGAAAGAUGGCUCCAAAAUACAUACAACACUAUUGCAGGUGGUCGACAAUCACAUUAUUCGGUAUAUUCCACCCGAAGAAUUUGAUCCCCCUCGGAAGCGUGCUGUAAGACAGAAAUAUCCGAAUCGCUAUGGAUGUUUACUAGUUGGAGCAGAGAGUGCAGAUCCACAAAUGUUCACAAAGGAAUAUUGUGGAUUAUUCAAAGACUCUGGAGUUAUGCCUAAGAAGACAUUAGGACGGUUCAUGGUGUCACCUGAAGCAGUAAUUCAGCCUGGAACCCCGUUAUAUGCAUCCCAUUUCCGAGUUGGGGAUGUUGUAGAUGUUCGUGGUAAAACCAUUGAUCGAGACUUUCAAGGUGUGGUUAAACGCUGGGGGUUCAAAGGUGGCCCAGCCUCUCAUGGUGUCACCAAAACACAUCGGCGUCCUGGUAAUAUUGGUGGUGGUGGAGAGAAAGGAAGAGUUUGGCCAGGCACAAAAAUGCCAGGCCAUAUGGGUAACCGCUACAGAAUAUUAAGAGGCCUUAAGAUUUGGAGAAUAAAUACUAAAUACAAUGUACUCUAUGUGCAAGGUCUUGGAGUAGCUGGUGAAACAAAUUCCAUUGUUUAUAUUUAUGACACAGUAUUACCACGCAGGAAACUCAAGGAGGCUCCACCCUUCCCUACAUUUUAUCCUGAAGACUUAGAUCAAGAACUUCCUGAAGACAUUUAUGCAGAGGAAGUACAUUCAUUCAAGGAACCAUCCAUUACAUUCAGUUAACGAUGGAGUACAGAUCUGUAGAGUAUUGUGUAUUUGCCAUUUCUUGUUACUGUGUAAUUGGAAAUUGUUAUUAAAAAUUUUCUAAACAUAA